AUGCUGUCCUCUCUCUUUUCACUCGCAGCUUUGCCGCUUGCGGCCCAAGCUUUGGCCGAGUUUCCCAUGGACAACCGAAUGGUUCAGGAACCCGGUCUGAUUCGAUACCCCCUGGAUAUCUCUUCCGGUGCCCCAACCAAGAAUAGAAUGCUUCGACGCCAGAACGACGUCGGUGUCAACUCGGAAAAGUCGGGCUUCUUCUACUCCAUUGAACUCCAGAUUGGUACUCCCGCACAGCCCGUGCGAGUCAACUUUGACACUGGUUCUGCCGAGCUCUGGAUCAACCCCGUCUGCAGCAAGUCUACGGACCCGACGUUUUGCGAAAAGUUUGGCCGUUUCAACGGCAGUCAAACCUUUGUUGACACCAACACGACGGGCCAAAUCCGAUAUGGAACCGGCUAUGCCAAGCUCGAGUACGGCUACGACUACGUCCAGAUUGGAUCUGCCAAGAUUAGCCAGCAAAUGUUUGGAGUUGCCACGGACAGCGAGUUUGCCGUCACUGGUAUCAUGGGAGCCGGUCCUCAGUUGAAGGGCUGGAACAGCGACUAUCCUCUGGUCCUCGACAAUCUGGCGGCUCAGGGCUUCAUCAAGAGCCGCGCCUUUUCUCUUGACAUUCGUUCUAUCGAGAGCAAGCGUGGCUCCGUCGUCUUUGGAGGCAUCGAUACCAAGAAGUUCUCUGGUCACCUCGAGAAGCGUCCCAUCAUCCCCGCCACCGAGUCCCCUGACAAGCUGACCCGGUACUGGAUCCAUCUCGACGGCGUUUCCGUGACCAAGGCCGACGGUUCCAAGGUGGUCGUCUUUGACCAGGCCAACAGCCAGCCGGUCCUCCUUGACAGUGGCUACACCGUCUCUGCUCUGCCUACCAAGCACUUCAACAAGAUCAAGGACGCUUUCCCCGAGGCCACUGCUCCGCCUUCCGGCGACGAGUCUGGUCUGUAUCGAGUCCCCUGUGACAUUGGCAACAAGAAGGGUUCCGUCAACUUCAAGUUUGGCAAGACCGAGAUCAACGUUCCCUUCAACGACUUCAUCUGGAAGCAGCCCCAGAACAACAUUUGCGUUCUCGGUGUCACACCAGACGACGAGUUCCCCGUGCUUGGUGAUACCUUUUUGCGCGCCGCGUACGUCGUCUACGACCAGGACAACCGCAACAUCCACCUCGCCAACAACGAGGACUGCGGCUCUUCUCUCGUCUCCAUCGGCAAGGGUCCCGAUGCUGUUCCCUCUGUCGAAGGUGACUGCGGCAAGCCCAAGCCCACGACCAGCUCAACCACCAUUGCCUCCACCACGUCAACUCGUGCCACCACCUCGGCCACGAUUCCCACUGGCAACAACAGCACCGUCACGUCAUCCAAGCCAACGACGACUACUUCUGCUUCUGUUCCUACGGGCGGCAACAACAGCACCAUCACCUCCUCCAAGCCCACGACGUCGGCCCCUGUUCCCACCGGCGGCAACAACAGCACUGGCAUCACGUCCAAGCCUCUCACGACCACGUCCAAGCCUUUCCCUACCGUGAGCUGGCACAACACCACUGCUCCCCCUACGUACACUUCCACCUUCACCACCACCAACGUCCACACCGUCACGUCCUGCCCGCCGUACGUCACCGGAUGCCCCAUUGGAUCCGUCACAACCGAGACCAUUACCGGCACAACCACGUGGUGCCCGGGCAACACGACUCCCAAGCCUCCUCAGACCACCGAGACCGAGGCGCCAACGCCAACCAUUACCUCCGCCCCGAGCAUCACGUCCGUCUUCACCACGACCAAGACGCACACCAUCACGUCGUGCCCCGGCGAGGGUUCCUGCAACGGGGGACACGUCACUACCGAGGUCAUCACGUCGACCACGUACUUCUGCCCCGAGUCCACUGCCACCUUCACCAUUCCACGAACUCACACGUGCCGUGAGGGCGACAGCGGAUGCAAUCCUGGCGACGAGACCACCACCACUGUCACCGUCACUGUGCAGCCUCACACAACGGCCGACAAGCCUACUCCAGCCCCCGGAUGCGGUGACAACUGUGUUCUGCCACCUCCGGCUCCGACCCAGCCUCCUGCCCAGACCACGGCCGUCGAGACCCAGCCCAGCAUCACCGGCCCUGCCACCGUCCCCGAGCCUAUUCCAACAACUGUUCCUGGCACCAUUGGCGGCAUCACCACCAUGACAAAGCCGGGUGAGACUCCCUGCAGCACCUGCGGUGGCCCCGAGACAACCUCGCCGCCCAUGACGGCCGGCGCCGCUGGGUUCCGCGUUCCCGCCGUGGCUGGUGCCAUGAUUGUCGGGGCACUGGCUGUUCUUCUGUAA